UACAAAUAGCAGCAGUUCUACAGAGCAGCAGUUCUACAGUUGUAUACAUAGCAGCAGUUCUAUACAAAUAGCAGCAGUUCUACAGAGCAGCAGUUUUACAGAGCAGCAGUUCUACAGUUGUAUACACAGCAGCAGUUCUACAGAGCAGCAGUUGCAUACACAGCAGCAGUUGCAUACACAGCAGCAGUUGGGUGUACAGAAGUGACAUAUUGGGAAGUGGAAUGAGAUUUGAAGCAUGUUUUGCUUAGUCCCACCCUCAGCUCGCCAGGCGCCAUGAGCAGCAAGAACUGCUGGACCAGGACUAGGACCAGGACCAGGUGUAGAACCAGGAGCAGGCUGCAGCAUGUUGAGCUUUUUGGAAGUCUUGCUCGUCCUUCACCUGCUUGUGUUGCCUCUCGUAAACGCACAUUUGGAGGGAUAAUCUUUUUGGACGUACUUGUCUUGUAGUCUUGCGUGAGUCCGUCAGCAUGCUCGGUAGUCUUGCGUGAGUGAGUCAGCAUGCUCGGUAGUCUUGCGUGAGUGAGUCAGCAUGCUCGGUAGCGUACCUGGCCGCCCGGAGACGCACCUGCAGACCCCCACAGCCCAGCACUGAUCGUCCACGCCGACAUGUCUCCCACCAUGAUGGAGCACAACACCCUGACCCUGGACGCCAAAUACUGCAACAGCUCGUCGUCGUCGUCCAGCUCGGACAACGACAAGAAGACCCAGCUGAGCCAGCCGAGCGUGUCCGCGGAGGAGCGGAGGAAGAAGGCGGAGAUCCUGAGCGGCCAGUACGGCACCAACCUGCUGCUGAUCGGAGCCGCGCUCAUGCUGGCCUUGGCGCACCACAGCCCGGCCGUCAAGGAGGACCACCUGCUGGCCUUCGUCACCUGCCUGAUGCUCCUGCAGCUGCUGUGGAUGAUGUGGUUCGUCCUGCUGCGACGCCGGCACAGGAGCGCGCUCACCGACAAAGACGUCCACGCCACCACGUGCUGGAUCAGAGGUGGUUUGACUCUUCUUGCGCUCCUGUCUUUAAUCAUGGAUGUGUUUCGAAUCGGAUAUUACGUGGGCUAUCAAUCUUGUGUGUCGGCUGUCCUCGGGGUGUAUCCCGUCAUCCAUGCAACACACACCAUAGCACAGGUGCACUUUCUCUGGUUUCACAUCAAGGAUGUCAUCAAGAGUUUUGAGACCUUUGAGAGAUUUGGUGUCAUCCAUGCGGUCUUCACCAACCUCCUCCUGUGGUGCAACGGUGUGAUGUCCGAAGCCGAGCACUUCCUGAACAACCACAAAAGAAGACUCUCUGCCCUGGGCUACGGAAACCUCACUAUAGUUCACACGGAGCCCGACUGUAACUGCACCACCAGCACCUGCUCCAUGUUCUCCAGCAGCCUCUACUAUCUCUACCCUUUCAACAUCGAAUACCACAUCUUUGUGUCCGCCAUGCUCUUUGUCAUGUGGAAGAACAUCGGCCGCACCAUUGACCUGUCUUCCAACCGGAAAAGGCUGGCGACAAAAACCCAAGGUUUGACCCUGGGCCCCGUUCUGGGUCUUGUCGCCUUUGCCAGCACGAUCGGGAUUUUGGUGGUGUACAUAACGCAUGUGGAGGGCUCCCUUCAAACACGACGCUCUGCCAUUUCUAUGUUCUACAUUUACGGCAUCGUCAUGCUUGUGUUUAUGUGCUCUGCCUGUGCUUCAGGUCUGCUCAUAUACCGAGCAGAUCGCAUGCCCCUGGACACCUCCAAGAACCCCUCCAGGCAGCUGGACACAGAGCUGCUGUUUGGCUCCUCUAUGGGCUCCUGGUUCAUGUCCUGGUGCAGCAUAGUGGCGGUGCUGGGAGCCACCAGCAGCCCCCCUUACCGCUGGACCAAUCUCACCUAUUCUCUGCUGGUGGUGUUGGAGAAGUGCACCCAGAACCUCUUCAUCAUCGAGUCCCUCUACCGCCGGCAGGAAGUUGCCGGGCGGGACGACCCGGAGUUAGCCACGUCACCGGAAAUCUUCUCCGUGGCGUCCGCUUUGGCCCCGCCUUACAACGGCAUCUUCAACCGAGCCUACGACACCCCUGACAAGGCUUGUGUCGCCAUGGAGAACGAGCAGGAAGACCAUGGACGGGCGUACAAAUGUCCCAGGAAAACCUCGGACCAUCCCCUGCCCUUCAGGAACCAGGCCCCAAAUAUCAAGAGGCGAAUCCUGAAGAACAUCGCAGUCUUCUUGAUUAUGGGCAACAUCUCACUGUGGAUUCUUCCCGCCUUUGGCUGUCGGCCGCAGUACGAGAAUGGAUUGGAACAGGAGACCUUCGGCUUCAGCACAUGGACUACCACUCUCAAUUUCGCCGUUCCUUUAAACCUUUUCUACCGCAUGCACUCGGUGGCGUCUCUCUUUGAGGUGUUCCGCCGGGUCUGACAAUGGCGGAACACUCCCAUUCCCCACUUGAACGUAAGCCAUGGCAACACUCCCUACCACCCAAAGAUGACUGGUACGACCCAACAUGUUCACCCGUGUGAUCAACUUCAACCCUUUUUGAAAGAGUUUCUGAAGGGCUUUUUUAUGGUUUGUUCUCUUUCAGUUAGUCUUCUGGACUUAGACCUGUUCACCUCAGUCAAAGACAACAUAGCACCGUGCUUUAUAGAACGUGAACAUGCCCUAGUUCAAAUGCAUUUUGUUUAUGGAGGACGUUGUCAUUUACUAUGAAACAAUAGACUUGUUACAUUUCUCCCGCGGGUUUUUCAAUCUCAGAGGACAAUCUCAGCUCAGUGCCAUAUUUUUAGGCCUGUAAGCAAACGUCAGAGAGAAAUGACAAAUGCCAAGCUCUGUGUUUCGUAAAAUGUGCUAUAAAAUAGUCAAAAGGUCUCUCAUCUGCGCCAAACUGCACGAAAAUACUUUGUUUACUUCGAUCCAUACAACAUUUGUGUCUCGAUAUAAAAAGGAUACGAUGGCUAAGACCAUUAUUUUUGACAGUUGCUGCUUGUCUGCUGCAAAACGUUCAUAGUUCCAGGAUUAUUUUGGAUGUGUAUGUUGGUGAAGUACAACAGUUGACCUUUCUUUCAAAGGCAUUUUUCUGACUGUUUCAAGGUUCUCAAAGUUGCUUAAUUCAACAAUGGUUUUCAUUUUCUCGACUGAGGUUGGGACACUGAAGCAGGACUCAAAUCACUUGAAUCAAGUCGUGGUUCUCAUUUUGGUGCUCUCGUCCGUCCUCUCGGGAAGUGCCAACUUAAACUGCUUUGGCUUUUUUAUUGUCAUCUUUGUAAAUACUCAUACUGAUCAAAAUGAACACGCUGUGAUGUGAUUUUGUGAAAAUCCGAUGGACUGGUGCUCAUAGAAAAAUAUUUGAA